UUUCAGUAGGCUCAUGACGACAUAAAGAUGCAGAGCCUCUCGUUUUUGGUUUUCGCAGCUUUCUGUCUGGUUGUCAGUGAUGCAGCGCGAGCGGAUCCCAUCACAGUCGAACCAAAUGAAUGGCACGAGACACCGUCAACACCGUUGACAGAUAUCAACCUUCCCAACCAAAAGAAUGUUUAUAUGAAGACUGAUCUGACGAUUGGAAGUGGCACAGAUUUGAGAAUCAACUAUAAAAACAAUGCCGGUGACACGACAGGAUCUUUCGUAUUAAGAUUCUCAUCUCCACCAAAGUAUGGUUUCCUUAAAUGUACGGACUUUUUGAAUCCAAGUCAAGACCUUCCUGCUGAUUUGCCCGCUAAAGAUGAUUAUGGCUAUAGGAUCUUCAAAGUAGAAACGCACGGAGCAAUGGGUUUGAAGAUCAGUUGCAACGAUGAGUUGCUGAUCACUUUCGAACCUUCAGACGCAGCGUGCACGGGAUGGUCGACAUUGUGGGUAAAUACGUGGGAAAAAAACAAAGAGCUGAUAAACUUUGACUUUGACAGAGGAGUAAACGUGUUCAAAAUCUCAAGUUUGGAAUCCGCAGGCUCCAGUGCAGAGCAAUGGAAGGACAAACCGCUCUGGCCGGAGGAUAUUGAAAUUCCCGAAGGAGUUGUUUAUCUGAAGACUGAUAAGACGAUCGGAAGUGGCAUCAAUUUGGUAAUAAACUAUAACAACAAUGCCGGCAAAAAUGCAGGGGGUUUCAAAUUACAGUUCUCAAAUCCACCAAAAUAUGAAUUCCUCUCUUGUACAACAAAUCGACGCCUUCGGGUUGAUUUGCCCGCUAAAGAUGAUGAUGGUUUUAGGAUCUUCAAAGUAGAAACGCACGGAGCAAUGGGUUUGAAGAUCAGUUGCAACGAUGAGUUGCUGAUCACUUUCGAACCUUCAGACGCAAUGUGCACAGGAUUUAGUUUUUGGAGAAUGAUAUGGGUAUCCAACAAAGAAAGGAUAGACUUUCAGUCUGACUACGGAGUAACAAAGUACAAAUUUUCAAGUACGGAAUCCAAAGAUUUGGUUGAUGCAGCAGACGAUGCUGCAGACGAUGCUGUGGACGAUGCGGUUGAUGCCGUGGACGAUGCAGUUGAUGUUGUGGACGAUGCAGUUGAUGUUGUGAACGAUGCGAUUGAUGAUAUGGGCGAUGUGGAUGAUAAUAGUAUUACAGAUCAAUGGAAGGAAAAACCGUUCAUGGGAGAUAUUGAAAUUCCCAAUCAAGCGGAUGUUUAUAUGAAGACUGAUCUGACGAUUGGAAGUCGCAAAGUUUUGAGAAUCAACUAUGAAAACAGUGCCGGCGAAAAGGCAGGGGGUUUCAAAUUACUGUUCUCAGAUCCACCAAAAUAUGGUUUCCUCUAUUGUACAGAAUUAACCGAAGCAAAUUUAGACCUUCCUGUUGAUUUGCCCGCUGAAGAUGAUGAUGGCUUUAGGAUCUUCAAAUUAGAAACGCACGAAACAAAUGGUUUGAAGAUCAGUUGUAACGAUGAGUUACUGAUCACUUUCGAACCUUCCAACGCAGUGUGCACGGGAUGGCACGCGUUUUGGAGAGAUACGUGGGAAAACAACAAAGAGGUGAUAAACUUUAGCUUUGACGACGGAGUAACAAAGUACAAAUUCUCAAGUUCGGAAUCCGAAGAUUUGGUUGAUGCAGCAGACGAUGCUGCAGACGAUGCUGUGGACGAUGCGGUUGAUGCCGUGGACGAUGCAGUUGAUGUUGUGGACGAUGCAGUUGAUGUUGUGAACGAUGCGAUUGAUGAUAUGGGCGAUGUGGAUGAUAAUAGUAUUACAGUUUCAGAUCAAUGGAAGGAAAAACCGUUCAUGGGAGAUAUUGAAAUUCCCAAUCAAGCGGAUGUUUAUAUGAAGACUGAUCUGACGAUUGGAAGUCGCAAAGUUUUGAGAAUCAACUAUGAAAACAGUGCCGGCGAAAAGGCAGGGGGUUUCAAAUUACUGUUCUCAGAUCCACCAAAAUAUGGUUUCCUCUAUUGUACAGAAUUAACCGAAGCAAAUUUAGACCUUCCUGUUGAUUUGCCCGCUGAAGAUGAUGAUGGCUUUAGGAUCUUCAAAUUAGAAACGCACGAAACAAAUGGUUUGAAGAUCAGUUGUAACGAUGAGUUACUGAUCACUUUCGAACCUUCCAACGCAGUGUGCACGGGAUGGCACGCGUUUUGGAGAGAUACGUGGGAAAACAACAAAGAGGUGAUAAACUUUAGCUUUGACGACGGAGUAACAAAGUACAAAUUCUCAAGUUCGGAAUCCGAAGAUUUGGUUGAUGCAGCAGACGAUGCUGCAGACGAUGCUGUGGACGAUGCGGUUGAUGCCGUGGACGAUGCAGUUGAUGUUGUGGACGAUGCAGUUGAUGUUGUGAACGAUGCGAUUGAUGAUAUGGGCGAUGUGGAUGAUAAUAGUAUUACAGUUUCAGAUCAAUGGAAGGAAAAACCGUUCAUGGGAGAUAUUGAAAUUCCCAAUCGAGCGGAUGUUUAUAUGAAGACUGAUCUGACGAUUGGAAGUCGCAAAGUUUUGAGAAUCAACUAUGAAAACAGUGCCGGCGAAAAGGCAGGGGCUUUCAAAUUACUGUUCUCAGAUCCACCAAAAUAUGGUUUCCUCUAUUGUACAGAAUUAACCGAAGCAAAUUUAGACCUUCCUGUUGAUUUGCCCGCUGAAGAUGAUGGUGGCUUUAGGAUCUUCAAAUUAGAAACGCACGAAACAAAUGGUUUGAAGAUCAGUUGUAACGAUGAGUUACUGAUCACUUUCGAACCUUCCAACGCAGUGUGCACGGGAUGGCACGCGUUUUGGAGAGAUACGUGGGAAAACAACAAAGAGGUGAUAAACUUUAGCUUUGACGACGGAGUAACAAAGUACAAAUUCUCAAGUUCGGAAUCCGAAGGCAACGGUAAUUCCGAUGGUGGUCUUCUUCCAGACGUAAUUGAUGCUGUGGACGAUGGGGAAGAUGAUAGUUUUCCAGUUUCAGAUCAAUGGAGGGACAGGUAUUUCGAACAAUGGAUUGAAAUUCCCAAUCAAGCGGAUGUUUAUAUGAAGACUGAUCUGACGAUUGGAAGUCGCAAAGUUUUGAGAAUCAACUAUAGGGACAAUGCAGAGUACAUGAAUGCAGGGGGUUUCAAAUUACUGUUCUCAGAUCCACCAAAAUAUAAUUUCCUUAGUUGUAUGACAAAAUACGACUCCGACGAAGCAAAUUUAGACCUUCCUGUUGAUUUGCCCGUUAAAGAUGAUGAUGGUUUUAGGAUCUUCAAAGUAGAAACGCACGGAUAUAUGGGUUUGAAUAUCACUUGCAACGAUGAGUUACUGAUCACUUUCGAACCUUCCAACGCAGUCUGCACAGGAAAGUCGUAUUGGAGAGAAAUGUGGGAAAGAAAAAAAGACUGGAUUAACUUUGCCGGUGACGACGGAGUAAAAAAGUGGGCAUUCUCAAGAAACACUGCCAGUUUGCGAUCUAGAUCUGCUUAUCAAUACCUAGCUGCAAUCUUCGUCUGCUACAUUAUGCUCUUCUAGUUAUGGACGAACCGCACGAUUCACGAAAAGUUCUGAUAACAGCAUAGACUUUUAAAUUUCCAUUUUGCAUACUAGUUAGGGACAGUACAUGCAGAGUGUCCAAUUAGAAGUUGUCAAUGUUCGCGAGCUUGAUCUUGCAUGUGGUACUACUCUGAUCUCAGCGGUGGUCACAUCUUAUUAGCUAUGGACGAUUGAGUUACACUUUGACUUUUCUUUAAAUAUUUCUGUUUAAAUGUUUCAAUGUUAAAAUUGUCGAUGUAGAUUGUAGGCUUCUGUACCUGUCUGUCAGUUACAUAAGAACCACUAUUUGCAUUAAUCAUUAUGAAUCCUCACACCUUAGAACCACUAACACAUUAGAACCACUAUCUGCAUUAAUAUAAUCAUAAAGUCGGGGCCUUUACACUUUACCUUCCUGAUUUUAUGAUCCGGGUAUUUUAUAUCCGGAAUUUUAUGAUUCCUGACUUUAUGAUCUUGAUUUUAUUAUCCGUUCUGAUUCCAAUAUUUUCCAAAAGUCCAAAUGACUAACAUUUAAUAUGGUCGUUAAUUAGCGGUAAGACCGAGAACCUAGCUCUUUAAAUUUAAUCAGUAAGGAACCUCCCACGGAGUUAGCACCUUUAUGUUCACGGAAAAGUCCCUCUAGAAUAAAGUUAAAUUAUUGAUAUUUUAUGCAUCACGGCUGAUUAACUUUGAAUGGUAUUGACCGGUAUUUCGAAUCAGUCGGACUCUUUUGAUAAUUGAUCAUGAUAAUAGUAUUGUGAACUGUAGAUCGAUUCAUCCUGCAGGAAUUUUAAUCAAACUUUCUCGUGCAGUAAUUUAGAUUUAUGAAUUUUAUCAAAGCAUGAAAGCCCGUUACGGGAAAAAUAACAAAUUUCAAAUUUGAUCGAGCUGAUAUUGUUUGAGUGCACGGAACAUAAUCUUGUCUUGAUCGAACUCACUUUAGUUACGCUCCCCUGGCCUUAAAUCGUUUGCCCAAACUUUAUUAAGAAAAUUCUUGUAAAAAGGCCUUGAGGAUAUGAAAGUACUUUUGGUCAGUGUAUUUUUGGACGCCGAACCACCCCAAUGAUUUAAAAUUAAAAUGCUUCCCGGCCCUGAGAGUUAUGGGCAAAAAACUGUUUUGGUCACGUGACAGGCUAGUUAAACACGAAUUCGAUUGUUUAGGGCUCCGGUUAGGGUUGUGUAUAGCUUUGGGGUUAUUAUAUGUAUAUAUGGUUAGGGUUAGAUCAGAGUUGGGAUCCGGAUCAGGGUUUAUGUAAAACCGCUUUGUUCGGCUGAAAAACCGUAAAAACCAAAAACACGUGAUAAUUUUUGGGCGAGCGAAUUAGUAAAAGCCCUUUAUUUAUAGUUAAUAGUUA